UGUCUUGGUUGGUCUGGUUUUCUGGUUUUGGGGUCGUUUUGUUGGGUAAAUAGAUCUUCUUUUUUCUGUUUUCUUUUUCUUUUUCUUGUAGGACUGUUUGAGUUGAUUUGGGAGGUGGGUUUGUCUGGGUAUUUGGUCCUUUGGGUCUGUUUCUUGGUGGUUUUUGAGUUUUCUGGUUGAGAUAGGUAGUUCCUCUUCUUUGAAUUUUUCUAGUGUCCACCUGUUUAUAUGGUUUUCUAGGCUUUGUUUUGGGUUUUUUCCGUAAGCUUUUGUUUGGUUGUGUUUGGCUGGGUUUUGUCUAGUGUUUCUGUAUAUUUAUCUUUAUUUUAUCCUGGUUUUAUUUUCGGAGCAUUUGGGAGGUGGCAUCUUUUCCUCUAUUUCUAGUGUAUUUUCAGGGAUUUUCCAGGCCCUUCUUUUGGGUUUUCUGGGACUUCUGUUUUGCUGAUUUUUCUGGGGUUUUGAAGUGAAAUUGGAGUUGGGUUUUGUGAUUUUCUAGAAGCUUUCUUGUUUUGGGAGUUUGCUUGGAAUAUUCGGAGAAAUGGCGCUUGUGAUGCACAAAGAUUCGUCAGCGGCAGCAGCAGCAGCGGCUAAGCAGUUGGAUGCAAGCAAGUAUGUGAGGUAUACGCCCGAGCAGGUGGAGGCGUUGGAGAGGGUAUAUAUGGAGUGCCCGAAGCCGAGCUCGAUGCGUAGGCAGCAGCUCAUUAGAGAAUGCCCGAUACUGUCGAAUAUCGAGCCGAAGCAGAUCAAGGUCUGGUUUCAGAAUCGAAGAUGCCGUGAGAAGCAAAGGAAAGAAGCUUCGCGUCUCCAGACAGUAAACAGGAAGCUGACUGCCAUGAACAAGCUGUUGAUGGAGGAGAAUGACCGCCUACAGAAGCAGGUCUCGCAGCUGGUGUAUGAGAAUGGAUACAUGCGGCAGCAACUGCAGAAUGCAUCUGUGGCGACCACGGACACAAGCUGUGAGUCCGUGGUCACUAGCGGUCAGCACCAACAAAACCCAACACCACAGCAUCCGCAAAGGGAUGCUAACAACCCAGCUGGGCUCCUUGCGAUUGCUGAGGAGACCCUGGCAGAGUUCCUCUCCAAGGCUACUGGAACUGCUGUCGACUGGGUCCAGAUGCUUGGGAUGAAGCCUGGUCCGGAUUCUAUUGGAAUCGUUGCUGUUUCCCACAACUGUAGUGGAGUUGCAGCACGAGCCUGCGGUCUUGUGAGUUUAGAACCCACAAAGGUUGCAGAAAUCCUCAAAGAUCGUCCAUCGUGGUUCCGCGAUUGCCGUUGCCUCGAGAUAGUUACUGUGCUCCCUGCCGGGAACGGAGGGACUAUAGAGCUUAUUUACAUGCAGACAUAUGCACCUACUACGUUGGCAUCUGCACGCGACUUUUGGACGCUGAGAUACACCACGGGUUUAGAAGAUGGCAGUCUUGUGAUCUGCGAGAGGUCACUGACUCCAUCAACCGGUGGCCCAGCUGGCCCGCCUGCUCCGAACUUUGUACGAGCUGAAAUGCUCCCCAGUGGUUAUCUGAUCCGCCCAUGUGAGGGUGGUGGCUCAAUCAUUCACAUUGUUGAUCACGUCGAUUUAGAUGCAUGGAGUGUGCCUGAGGUGCUCCGCCCGCUGUAUGAAUCGUCAAAGAUACUGGCACAGAAAAUGACAAUUGCGGCAUUGCGCCACAUAAGACAAAUUGCUCAAGAGACCAGUGGUGAAAUUGUAUAUGGUGGGGGCCGUCAGCCUGCAGUGCUACGAACAUUUAGUCAGAGAUUAAGCAGGGGUUUCAAUGAUGCUGUGAAUGGGUUUGCGGAUGAUGGGUGGUCGUUGAUGGGCAAUGAUGGUAUGGAGGAUGUCACUAUCGCCGUUAACUCUUCGCCAAACAAACUUUUCGGUUCUCAUGUUAACUCAACAAUGCUCCCUACAAUGGGAGGUGGUGUGCUAUGUGCAAAGGCCUCGAUGCUGCUCCAGAAUGUGCCACCUGCGUUGCUUGUCCGCUUUCUGAGGGAGCACCGUUCUGAGUGGUCCGACUGUGGCAUCGAUGCUUAUUCUGCUGCCUCACUGAAGGCUAGUCCUUAUGCAGUCCCCGGUGCAAGAGCAGGUGGCUUCCCUGGCAGUCAGGUCAUUUUACCUCUUGCUCAUACCAUUGAACACGAAGAGAUGUUGGAGGUUAUCAGGCUUGAAGGCCAGGGGUUCGCCCAAGAUGAUGCUAUUUUAUCAAGAGACAUGUACUUGUUACAGCUAUGCAGCGGAAUUGAUGAAAAUGCAGCAGGUGCAUGUGCCCAGCUUGUCUUUGCUCCGAUUGACGAAUACUUUGCUGAUGAUUCCCCACUACUACCAUCGGGUUUCCGUGUCAUACCACUAGACCCAAAAACAGAUGGGCCGGCGGCGACUCGAACGCUCGACCUUGCAUCUGCACUUGAAGGACCAGGUGGGGCACGCCCAAUUGGUGAAGCCGUUACAAAUGCAUAUAAUUUAAGAUCUGUGCUGACAAUCGCGUUCCAGUUUACCUAUGAAAACCACCUCCGUGACAAUGUGGCAGCAAUGGCCCGUCAGUAUGUUCGAAGUGUUGUGGGGUCAGUGCAGAGGGUGGCAAUGGCAAUAGCACCUUCCCGACUUGGCUCACAUGUGGGGCCGAAACCGCCACCUGGGACCCCUGAGGCCCUUACUCUGGCGCGUUGGAUUUGCCGGAGCUACAGGUUCCAUACUGGAGUAGAGCUCCUCAGGGCCGACUCUCAAGAAGGCGAUUCUGUUUUGAAAUUGCUGUGGCACCAUUCUGAUGCUAUCAUGUGCUGUUCAUUGAAAUCUAAUGCAUCACCGGUAUUUACCUUUGCGAACCAAGCUGGCCUUGACAUGCUGGAAACCACGCUUAUUGCUCUACAGGAUAUUAUGCUCGACAAGAUUCUCGAUGAGGGCGGUCGGAAGGUUUUGUGUUCAGAGUUUGCCAAGAUUAUGCAACAGGGUUUUGCAUAUCUACCAUCUGGAGUGUGUGUCUCAAGCAUGGGCAGACCGGUGUCAUAUGAGCAGGCAAUUGCAUGGAAGGUCUUGAAUGAAGAGGACUCAAAUCACUGCUUGGCCUUCUUGUUCAUGAACUGGUCUUUUCUUUGAACCCAUAUAUAUAGAUUUCCCUAGUUUGGCUUGAGAAAACUUAAAAGACUCUCCUUCCCUCGUCUCUCUUAUUAUAUAUAUACUUCUAAGUUAUGAAAGAUAGCCAAUGCAGGUAGAGGACCCAAAGCUUUGACAUAUUUUGCUUAAUGGAAUGUGGACUAAUGUAUUCUUGUUA